CACAGUGAAACCCACCUUCAGCUUGGUAGAAAGUCUACAUUUUCACACUCUCCCAAACACAGAGAAGACUCGCACUUCAAUAUUCUUUACCCAUUUUUUGAGUCCACUUUUGCCUACUCCAUAGUCACCACCAAUCUCCUAAAAAUGCAUACUUUAACGUGAAUUGGUUCAAAAUAGCUUCUGGGUUUUCACUUUAAUCAGAAUCUUGAAGGAAACAUGAAUCAUUUUGAUAAAGAUGAAAUUCCUAUUCUAUCAGAAACACAUGGACAACGAUCUGAUGAACCUCAGGAUUCUACCUUCCGAAGAAACAUAUCGAGGACACGGAGUGCUUCAAUUUCUAUUCCUAUGGCUUCUCUGGAUCCAUAUGAGAGACAGCCGAAUCUUGUCAGACAUACUGGGCCGCUUUGUACCACAAAGAAAACUCCUGUUAGCCAAAUGAGUGGUCCAUUAAAUGCUACACCUCUAACUGGAAAUCCUUUUCAGAACAAGACAGAGAAGAUUUUUACAUUUUAUGGCCCAGGUAGAUAUGAACACCUGUUAAGAUCUGGACAACUAGGAAUGUGUCAUGAUCCUUAUUGUACUACUUGCCCUACGUACUUCAAAGUUUCUCAGCAAAGAAAACCAAGAGCUUCCAAUAUAUUUGAUCACAAGUUCCACAAUUCUCUUCAUGGCGACACCAAAGGUUUUGGAAGAAAACUUUUUUCUUUCUGCUCUUCAUGUAUUCCUGGAGUUAUGAACCCUCACACGAAAGUCGUACUACAAUGGAACAAGGUUUUGGCCAUAUUUUGCAUGGUCACAAUUUUUGUUGAUCCGUUAUUUUUCUUCUCACUCUAUGUGAACAAGGAUAAUAAAUGUAUUCAAAUCAACUUGACAAUGGCAAGAACACUAGUUAUACUUAGAAGCAUAACUGAUGUUGUGUAUCUCUUGAACAUUCUUCUCCAGUUUAGGUUGGCCUAUGUUUCUUCUCCGCAGUCAUAUAAUUUUGAUGCUGGGGAAUUAGUUGACCAUCCAAGGAAAAUAGCUGUUAAAUACCUUAAGACUUAUUUUUUCUUCGACGUAUUUGUUGGAUCACCUCUUCCUCAGAAUAUGACACCUCUCCUAUGUGCAUUUCUUAAUCAAGUCAAGGAAAAGAUAGGGAAUAAUAGUUUUUGCUGCACAUUCGGCUCACAACAAAUUCUCCUGUCAUGUGUCACCGACGAGCUGAAGUGGAAGCUCCACGAGAGCAGACAAAAAAGCAGCAAGACCUUUGUGAGGUUUGAGAUGCCUUAUAAUAUAUGGUGUGGAGGAUGCAAUUCUACGACUGCAAAGGGUGUCCGGUUCAAUGCAGAGAAGAAGCAAGUUGGGAAUUACUACUCUACAAAGCAAAACAAUGCAAGUGAUUUCCCUUCCGAGCUGGAUAUUUUCUAUGGGAAACAUAUGUUGUUCAAAGUUGAAGUAGCUGAGGGAAAUCUUAUACAUAAUUGACAUAGCUAUGUGGUGAAGCGAAUCACUGAUGAUGGAUGAUGUGGAUAUGAUAAAAAGGUUCAUGGUAUUUCAUAAUAUCAAGGUUGAGGGCAUUGAUUCAUCCAAGUCUACCGUUAAUCAAAAGGACACUGAUGUCAUCCAGGUUAAUGAUCGUGAGAAAGAGGAUGAACAGACGCCUUGCAGCAAAGUUGUAUGGAAAAGAUCAGCUGAGAAAGGUGUUUCAGAUGUGACAGCUUAUAAGUUGGAUGGGGACGAAUCUGCCACAGAAUCUAUCAAGCUGAAGUGUGUGAAGCUUGAGCCUAAAAAUUAGGAUGAGUGUCAUGAUGCAGUCCCUUAAUUAUAUUAAUUUUACAAUUGCCUAGAAAUUUUUGUUUAUGUAUUUUUCUCUAUUGUUUUUGUUUCUUGAAGUACUAUUUGUUCGUUUUCCUUUAAGCGCCGGUUAUGGUGUAUGACAUUUCAUAUCCUUAUUUUGUUUAAUUCGAAUUUUAUUGUUUCUUGAA